AUGCCUGCUCCUCAAGACCCCACACAUAUGCCAAUUCGUGAACAGAUGGAAAAGUUGAUCCGUCGUAAACAGUCUGAGAUCACCAAGGGUCUCGAAACUCUGGACACCGCGACUUUCAAGCCAGACUCCUGGAGUCGUGGGAAUGAUGGUGGAGGCGGUACUUCGAUGGUCCUGCAGAACGGUACCACGUUCGAGAAGGGUGGUGUUAACGUGUCCGUCGUGUACGGGCAAUUGUCGCCUCAGGCCAUCUCAGCCAUGAAACACGACCACAAGAACCUUGAGCUGCCCGUCGAUCCCAAAAAUGGGCUGCCAAAUACUGAGGGUAUCAAGUUUUUUGCCUGCGGCCUAAGUAUGGUCAUGCAUCCUUCGAAUCCUCAUGCUCCCACCACGCAUCUCAACUAUCGUUACUUUGAGACCUGGAACCCUGAUGGUACACCACAAACGUGGUGGUUCGGCGGUGGUGCAGACUUAACACCUGCAUAUUUGUACGAAGAAGAUGCUCGUCUAUUCCACGAAGAGCACAAGAAGGCUCUUGAUAAACAUGAUGCCACCCUGUACCCUCGCUAUAAAAAAUGGUGCGAUGAGUAUUUCUACAUUAAACACAGAGAGGAGACUCGUGGUAUCGGCGGUAUUUUCUUUGACGACAUGGACGAUCGGGAUCCUCAAGAAAUUCUAGCAAUUGUCGAGGACUGCCUCGAUGCUUUCCUACCUGCUUAUCUACCAAUAAUUGCACGUACAAAAGACCUGCCCUUCACCGAAGAAGAAAAGCAAUGGCAAUUGAUCCGCCGUGGUCGCUACGUGGAGUUUAACCUAGUUCUAGAUAGGGGUACCCAAUUUGGUUUGAGAACUCCCGGAUCCCGUACGGAGUCGAUUCUUAUGAGUUUACCCGUAACGGCGUGUUGGUUCUAUGAUCAUCAUCCAGAGCCAAAUUCGCGUGAGGACAAACUUUUACAAGUUCUCAAAAGCCCAGUGGACUGGGUGUGA